UAGGUGAAUGGUAUAUAUAGUAGAAUGCUAAAUCACAGCAGCAAAAGCGUACUGUAGCACUGAGAGAUGUUUCUGAAAUAGCCGUGUCGUAACACGAAACAUUCAAACAUUCAGAGAAAAAUAAUUAUAUACAUAUAACAAACAAUGAGGGCAAAACAAAUGUACGAGAAACUAUUAUAUAUAUACAAAACAUAUAUAUAAAUAUAUAUAUUAUAUAUAUGAAAAGCAAACAGAAAAGGAAAAACACAAGAAAAAUUCUAAAUAAAUAUAAAUUUUUUAUAUAGGAAUGUAAUAUCUUACAGAAAACAAAAGUACACAGUGUGAAAAAAAAACAAAAAAAAACCGCAGCAUUGUUUCUGUUUGCGCAGUGCUGUGAAAACAUGUGGAACAUGGGUAAGAAGCAAGAAAACAGAGCAAAAAGAAAAUAGACGCACACAGUUAAGAGAGAAAAAAAUACUUUCACAAACAUAAACACAACAGCGAUAGCCGUUCGAACUAGAUUUGUAAAUAUUUAAGUUAUUGAGCAAAAAACCCAUAAGAACCACACACCCGCCCCUGUACUAGGUCACAAAACUCACUCACGUUACAAUGCGCGUAUAUUCGCAGGGCCAGCUGAGUACAUGAGGUGGGGAACGGAAAAUAAACACCCGUUCGAUGAUCAAACCAAUGUCAGAGCAUAAAAACCAAACCAUUAUACCAAACACAAUUAUUGCCCGACUAUGUAAAAUAGGUACUCUUCGCUGCAGGUACAUUGCAUAUGCAGGGGCUAACGCGCACACAUCAACAGCGGCGCCAGAAAGCUGCUAAUAGGGCACAGGGAACGCAUAGGGUACAUGCUCAAUCUUUCCAUACGCGGCAGUUCGGAAAUAGAAGGCAGUAAAUGGUCAAGUGGCAAGCUACCUUUGUUAUCACGUUACGCUCAAUGACAGUAGGACGCGACAGUUUUUACGCGAAGAUUAUAACCAACAUAGGUGAGGAAAUGCGGUAGUAAACAAAUAAAUCAAAUUGCAUACAUAUUCCAGUUUUUAUUACAAAACUCUUACUAAACACACAUCCCCCAGUCAACGUAAGUAGCGAAACAGAAGUAAAACAACAUGCAAAACAAAAAAAUAACAUGCAAAAAUCAAACACACAGCAAAAACAAACAAAACAAACACAUAAUAACAAGAACAGCAACUACAAAAAAACAUAAGCCUUAAGCUGGUAUUUUCCGUCGGUCCAUCACCGUUACAAAAUGGUUAUAAAAACUUUUAUCCAUACCAGGGCCAUAGCCAUCAAAAUGCCACUAGUUAAAAUAUAUUUAUAUUAUAAUAAAUACUCACAGUCGACAAACAGAGCCGAUAGAUCCUUGAACACGCCACAGUAAAAAAUAAAAUCUUUGCGAACAGCUCCGUGAGUCAGUAAGCGAGCCAGAUAACGAUACGAGACCAUUCCCCCCUUUGCACUAAUGAGCACGUGGGCUAGCCGAAACCCAGCCGGAAAGAAAAUUCAAUAUUGCCCUGGUAAUAUAAGCAAAGCAGAAGAACGUCUGUGAAUUGUAUGCACCGAACACCGAAUGAUCUUACUAUUAACGGCCGGUGAAUGCCGAAAUCCUAGAAGCAAUGUCCAAAAUGGAGCGCGAAUGUGCGUGAAUAACAAACGUAAAACUAUAGCACAGUUGUAGCGUCGCCAGUCAGAACGGAGAAGAGAACGAUCUAACAUGUAAGUCAGCGGCAAACAAGCAAAAGCAAAACGCCACGAAAGAUAACGAUAGUAAAUAGCAAAAAAAAGCAGAAAGUGAAACGAAACCACGAUACAGUAGCAGAAGAAGAAAAAAAACACGUUCGAACGAGGUAUGAAAACUAAUGAAACAGAGCUAAACACAAAAAAAAUGAAACGAAGUAAAGCGAACAAAGCUUUCCGCUGCAAAACAAAGCAAAAAUAUAGCAAAACAAAGCAAAACAAACAAACAUAUUUAUUGUUCCAGUGCAUUUGUUUCGUUUAGCGAUAACAAAACAAAUGAUAUUCAUUUUUCAAACCAUUUUGUGUAUUAUGUUAGGACAUUUUAAUAUGAAAGUGAAUAUGAGUAGGGCGUAAAGGAAGCAAAGCGGUUAAAAGUAACGAAACAGUAGCAAACAUUCAAAGGAAGAAACAAAUAUACGCACAAACAAACAUAACACAGACAGAGAAUAUGAAACACACUACACUAAAGCAACACAGCAAGAAGAAAUAAACAGAAAAAUGAGAAAAUAGAAGAAAAAAGGCAAAUGGUACAGAGAAAUGCGUAACACAAGGUGACAUAUGUAUCGUUUCGUCAUAACUUUAAACGAGGAAGAAAAAAAGACAGAAAAUAAACAAAUUUAAAUACAAAAAACACCUUUUUGUCCUGACUAUGAAUUCUUUCCUGUUGUGAUACUAUCACAUUGCAAAUGCUUUAAACAAACCGAUCAAAAUCCCUCCAGCUAGUGUUACUGUACUCACCCGAAUGAGAAAAAAAUCACACCGUUUUGCGUUUUGUUUCUGUUGCCUGAAGAAUAAACACGGCCAAUGCGCAUGAUUCACGAUUUUGCUUGGCAGCUAUAGAAUGUCAGCUGUUGAAAAUUUGCCUCCGCCGGUUCAGUAGAGACGACGCCAACGGGAAGACGAUUCUGCUUCUGGUUUACCGUAUUCUGAAACGAUAAACAAACUCUCUGUGAUACUGUUAGCAGUAGGUCAAAUCUGUGAUAGGAAACUUACCUUACCAGUGCGUCUUCCGUAAGUUAGUUUAUUGAAGUCAUGCUACGGUUUUCACUGUAUCGUUUGGUGGUGCUAUUGUGUGUGGCAACCAUUAUCUACACGACGGUUCGCUGGUGCCAAAUUCUCUUCGGUCGGGGAGAUUCCGAAAGUCGCCACUUUCAGCAUACCUGCAACAUGACCGAACUGUAUCGACACGAGCUGGAACAUUUGUUCGAAAGAGUGCACCGUUUGUUGGACCAACACGGACUUACACACUUCCUCUGCUACGGUACACUUUGGGGCCAGAUACACAUGGCAAAGAUGUUACCCUGGCGGGAAAAGGCAGAAUUCUGUGUUCUGAAUGAAGAAUUGAUGCGUCACGAAGAGGCACGAUUUAUACGUAAUUUCUAUGCCAGCGAGCUACAGAUCCACUAUCUCCACUCGGAAGGUAUCUAUAGGAUAUUCGCCAAGGAGUCCACCGCACGAUAUGUUGCGCCGUACGUAGAGUUGGUCGUAUUCCAGCUGGAUGAACCGCAAGGAACGUACAAACGCAUCGGCUGGAAAAGACGAGUAUUACCACCGCAUUGUGACUGGACGCCUUCGUUGGAAUGUUUUCCAAUCAAUCUGCUACAGGGUACGCUACCGAAACGACCACUCGGGCGAUACUUCUACACCGUACCGAUGGGUGGUAUCGAGAUGCAAAAGUACCACUACCCAGAUAAUUGGUGGAAAACCGUUAAAGUUCGCAACUGCAACCUGCAUUAGGCAACGAUGUGGUUAUUGUGGCAUAAAAUGUCACCGGAAACAACACGCGCACCUGUGUAACAUUAUCAGCUCAACUAAAGUAAUAGUAAAGAUUAUGAAAUUGA